UACCAAUAUAUUCACAAUGUUUUUUCCAUAGUUAUUGUAAAGGACAUAUUAGAUGGUGUUGUGUGCAUUAGAAUGUACACACAAUUUAGUCAGUUAAUUUGAGGGGAAACGACUUCAAGGAUUGUCGCUAGUCUGCCUUCAGCACCAUGCAGCUGCUAACCUCUGUUAUGUGUGAAUGAAGGCUGUGGUGCACUCGCAAUGCCCUUGGAGGUGUGUUGGCCAUUCCCACAUUGCCCUCGCCUGGGAUGGAGGAUAUCCAGCUCCUUGAUAAUGGGCAUGGUCGGAUCCUACAGCUUCUUGUGGACCAGAUACAUGAACUGCCUGUCGGUACACAACCAGAAUGUCCUCUUGGAUUUAAUUGAUCAACGGCCAAAGGACAGGCCUCUAAUCACCCUCUCCAAUCACCAGUCCUGCAUGGACGACCCGCACAUAUGGGGGAUGCUGCGAUUUCGACAGUUGUGGAACUUCAGGAAAAUGAGAUGGACCCCGGCAGCCUCCGAUAUCUGUUUCACACGAGAGGUCUACUCGCGCUUUUUCAGUAAAGGGAAAUGUGUCCCUGUGUGCCGCGGUGAUGGCGUGUAUCAGAGAGGAAUGGACUUCCUUUUGGACAAGCUGAACAGAGGAGAAUGGGUGCAUAUAUUCCCAGAGGGAAAGGUCAACAUGACUCCAGAAUGGAUACGUUUAAAAUGGGGUGUUGGAAGGUUGAUCGCUGAAUGUACCCUUGACCCAAUAAUUGUGCCUAUGUGGCAUUUGGGCAUGAAUGAUGUCCUUCCUAAUGAUAAGCCUUACAUACCCCGAGCUGGAAAGAAAAUUACAGUUUUAGUGGGGACACCUUUUACUGUGAAACAUCUUGUGGAUUCGCUAAGAGCGGAGAACAAAAGCCAGAUGGAAAUGAGGAAGGCCCUGACUGACUUCAUCCAGGAGGAGUUCCGCAGCUUAAAGAGCCAGGCCGAGGCCUUGCACCAGCGGAUACAGAAUCAAGGAUGAGCUCAUGGCCAGGGAUGGUGUCUACCCUCAGGGAGAGUGCACUUAAGGGGCCUGACACACACGGCCUGCACGCAUGUGACCAGAUCAGCCUCCAGGAAAAUCAAGACCACACACACACACAUACAUACACACACAUACAUACAUACAUACAUACAUACAUACAUACAUACAUGCAUACAUACAUACAUACAUACAUACAUACAUACAUACAUACACACAAACACACACACUCAGUCAGCACAGUGGUUGGACCAUAAGUAUAUCUGAUCACUCAUCAGAUAGCAGGAUUCCAUUUUUUACACUGUUUCCUAAAUUCCUUGUCCCACUUGAAACAGUUGAUCUUAGCUGGACAGAAUUUUUUUUGAAGAAGAAGUCAAAGUGCAUGUGCCAAGUUGUUCUGGCUGGAAGGUGUACUAAGCAUGUGAAGAAUAAUGAAGAAGCAUCAUGUUCCGUAUGGGCAAUCCAUUUUUUGACCGCAGCCUUGGGUUACUGAGUGACUCAACCAAGUAUUGGACAUGUAGAUAAACUUAUUUGAAUGAGACGAGACGAGUAUUUUUUAUGACUCAAUAUUUUACAGUGGUGAUUCAGAAAUGUUUAUGCCAAUUUUUGCCAGUUUUUAAAUCUUGUACAAAGUUGGUAAAGCCAUUUGCAAUAUUUAGGCUUUGAUGCUGAGAAUCAUUUGUACUGUGUGUUGUAUGCGUUCACCCUUUGAAAGUACCGAAUGUCGUGUAGACCUAAAGAAGACCUCUUUUAUUAAUUUGCAUCUUGCUGUUAUUGAGUCUGUGCUCAUUUAGAGCACAACUAUUUCCCUUCUUUAACCAUCUGGCAUUAUUUCUAUCAGAAAUGUUGUAAUGAUAACACAAAGGGUAUUGUAUGAGGUAUUUGCUUUGAUUACAGAAGUUAAGGUUUCAAAAAGGUUUGAGAUAAUGUUCUGUUUGUGAUGUUUGCUGAGUAUUCGUUGAUGCUGUGCCUCUUUACCCCUUCUCAAAGUUUGUAAUGUGGCAGCUUUGUAUGGUUGAACUGCAAUCCCUUUGGUCUCUCAGUUGUGAUUAUUUUGCAUGACCUAUUGAGUUUCUGUCCUUAUGUUUUUUCUCUUGUUAUACAACCAACCUCACUGAUGUCCUCAAAUGAAUUUCGUCCUGUCAGAAUAUCAGAAACAUACUGCCUCAAGUCUAAUUAUUACACAGUACAAUAAAGUGUUGAUUACAUAAUCCA